AGCCUUGCGCAGAAGGAGGAGCAGAGGCGGGAGCUGGAAGCGCUACGGGCUGAGCUGGAGGAAGAGCGGCACCGCACCCAGGAGCUGCGCCGCUGCUUCGCUACCGAAACCCGGGAGCUGAAGGCGGCUUUGGGCAGGGAGCAGCAGCUCCUGGCAGAGCGGCUCCAGUCCGAGUGGGAGCAGCGACAGGCUCAGGAGGUGCAGCGGCUUCUGGAGUUGAACCAGCGGCAGCGGGUGGUGGAGACCCGCCAGCUGCUGCGCUGGAAGGAGGCUGAGCUCCGCGAGGAACAGGAGCUGCUGCGGCACGAGUGCACCACCGCCCUUGGCCAGACACGGGCCCUGCAGCGGCAGCUGGCCGAGGAGAUGGUGAGGCCCAGCAGCAGCGGCAGGGAGGCCCGGAGCAAGCUCCAGGAUGUCCUCAGCAAGCUCUGCUGGGAGAGAGAUGGCUACCAGCCCGCCCGCAUCCACCACCUCCAGAACCAGCUGCAGCUGGAGAGGACACUCUUCACCAAAUACAUCAAAGGCUCUCCAGAAGCCCGCAAGGAGGCAGAUUGGCUGCGGCAGAAAAGUGCUCAACUAGCUGGCCUCGCCUCGCGGCUGGAAGAAAGAUCCAGGCAACUGCAGGUGGCCAGCAAUCGCCUGAUCAAUACUCGAGUGCCACUGCCCAUCCGACGCUCUACUGAGGAACUGUGUGUGGCAUCGUUUCCUCAGCAGAGCGAUGGAGAAACAGGAGAGGCUGACGGAGCUUUGCUGGCGCAGGACAAGCAGGACGACUCCUCACGGAAGGCGGCUGUGGAGCUUCAGGCCCAAGUGGCUGCAGACGAAGAAGGCUCCUAUGAUGUGAGCACCCACAGCCGAACUCGUGAGCAGUUACAGGUGCAGCUCACGGAGAUGACAAAUGAAAACACCCGCCUGGCUCAAGAAAAUGCUCGCCUCCAUGGGCAGAUGGCUUUGACAGAAGAGGUUCAAGCGGAAAACCUUGACCUGAAAGGACUACUAGCACGAGUGGCAGGCGAGCGAGAUUCUGCCAUCCAAAGAAACCUGAUUGAACUGAAUGAUCGGUAUGAGAAGCUAAAGGAACAACGCCAGCAGCUAUUUCAGGAACUGGAACGGCUGGAAAGAGCAAGAUCCAAGCGUAGCGUUUCCAGGCCGUGCCAGGCUAACCUGGUAGCAGACAAGGAGUCCCUCCUGCUGGAGGCGAUGAGAAAACAACCGGCAGAGCUUCGAGCGUUCAUAGCUCGAUACAGCUAUGAUCCUUUCGAUGGUCCCAACGAGCGGCCUGAACUAGAGCUUCCUCUAGUUGCUGGACAAUACGUGUACGUCUUUGGAGACGUGGAUGAAGACGGCUGGUAUGUGGGAGAGCUGACCGAUGGCACAAGAGGAUUCGUCCCCUCUAAUCUUGUUGAAGAAGUUUCAGAUGAGGGACAACCUGAUGCCAGCGGAGACUCUCCAGGGACAAGUGAUUGGUAG